ACGAGGUAUAGACAACAGACAAGUAGUCAUGUGUUUUCAUGCAUAAUAAUCUAAAGUGGUAUAUAAACGUGUAUUUCUUUACUCUGACGUCGGUAACAAUGCAAAUUUCUUUUAUCUAUUUAGAGACAGUAAUCUGCAAAUGUCUGUAAGAAAGAUUUUUAGAUAAUAAAAUCAAUAUUUUAUAUACAUAUAACAGUAUUACUGUAAACUUUUUCAUUAAUCUCUAUAACUAUAUUACGUUAAAUUAAUUUAAAAAUAUUUGCACAUUUGGUUUUUCAAAUAAUUAAUUCGAUUCUAUAGAUUUGUAUAUCAUGACAUAGCAGAUUUCUUCUAAAAAAAAAAAAAAAGAAGUAUAUUAAAAUUUUGGACAAUUAAAGAUGAAUACAACAAUGUCUUAUUGUCCUCCAAAUAUUACUUUCACUGAUAUUUGGAUAGACCAUGGAAUGUCCAAAUGUUUUAUGGAUACUAUCAGUAUCACUAUUAUUUCAUCAUAUUUAUUAAUUUUUGGAACAAUUCAACUUUGGAUAUAUCAAAAAUAUGGAACAGAAACUGCUACAACUUUAUUGCCUAAAAAUAAAUUGUAUAUUGUGCAAAAAUUCUUUCUUUAUUUUGUUCCAAUACUGAGUAUAAUAAGAAUAAUUUUACAAGGAACAAUUUUAAAUGACACUAAAAUAUAUGGUUAUAUGAUACUUACAACAGUAUUAACAUUAAUUGUAUAUCCAUAUUCAAUAUAUAUAUUAAAAAUUGAAAGACAUAAAUUAUUACCAAGUGUGCCACCAAGAGGACAUGGUCUUGUAUUAUUAGGCUUUUGGACUUUGGCAUUUGUUUCAGAAAAUCUUGUGUUUGUUAAUAUUGGAAAACUUGAAUGGUGGUUUCAUUUAAAUACAUUAACAGAUCAGAUUGAGAUGGCAUUAUUCAUUCUACGAUAUGUUAGCAAUCUUAUCAUUUUUGCUUUAGGCCUCAAAGCUCCAGGAAUAACUGGUAAUACAGAUCCUGAAUAUCAUACUCUAAAUAAUGGUCCAGCUUUACAGUCGAGAUAUUAUCAAGGUCGAUCUGAGGAUACUAGCUCUACAUGGAAGAAUGUGUGGCAUAAGAUAAAAAUUUUAACACCAUUUUUAUGGCCAAAACCUUUCAUACUUCAAUUACGUGUUAUUUUUUGUUUUGGAUUACUUAUAUCAGGACGUUUAAUUAAUUUGUAUGUCCCAAUUUACAAUAAAAAAAUUGUAGAUAGCAUUUCAGAAGCUCCUGAGUUAUUUAGGUGGGAUUUUAUAUUAAUAUAUGUAGCAUUUAAAUUCUUGCAAGGUGGUGGUACAGGUGGUAUGGGAUUAUUAAAUAAUCUUAGAUCAUUUCUAUGGAUUCGCAUACAACAGUAUACAACUCGUGAAAUAGAAGUAGAAUUAUUUAGACACUUACAUAGUUUAAGUUUACGUUGGCAUCUUGGGAGAAAAACUGGAGAAGUUUUAAAAGUUAUGGAUCGUGGUACAGAUUCUGUAAACAAUCUUCUCAAUUAUAUUUUGUUUUCAAUUGUUCCAACAAUCAUUGAUAUUAUUGUAGCCGUUGCAUUUUUUAUUGUUGCUUUUAAUAAAUGGUUUGGCUUAAUUGUAUUUCUAACUAUGAGUCUUUAUAUAGCUGCUACAAUUAUAGUUACUGAAUGGCGUACUAAGUUCCAGAGACGUAUGAAUUUAGCAGAUAAUGCUCAAAAAGCACGAAGUGUUGAUAGUUUACUUAAUUUUGAAACGGUUAAAUAUUAUGGAGCAGAAUCAUAUGAAGUUGAUAGUUAUAGGAAAGCAAUAUUGGAAUUCCAAAUUGCAGAAUGGAAGUCAAUGAUAACAUUAAAUAUUUUAAAUACUUUACAAAACAUAAUUGUUUGUAGUGGUUUACUUACUGGUUCUUUACUUUGUUUACAUAUGGUUGUAACCAAGCAAGGUUUAACCAUUGGUGAUUAUGUUUUAUUUGCAAGUUAUAUUAUUCAACUUUAUGUACCAUUAAAUUGGUUUGGAACAUAUUACCGUGCUAUACAAAAAAACUUUGUUGACAUGGAAAAUAUGUUUGAUCUUUUAAGAGAAGAACAAGAAGUUAUCAAUGCUCCAGGCGCUGGUCCAUUAAUAAUAAAACGUGGUCAAGUAGAAUUUGCAAAUGUGACAUUUAAUUAUACAUCCGAGAAAAUUAUAUUAAAAAAUAUUAGUUUCAUUGUACCAGCAGGAAAAACUGUUGCAUUGGUUGGACCAUCUGGAUCUGGAAAAUCUACUAUUGUACGAUUAUUAUUUAGAUUUUAUGAUGUAGAACAAGGUGCAAUUUUAAUUGAUGGUCAAAAUAUUAAAACUGUUACUCAAGAUUCUUUAAGACGAUCUAUAGGUGUAGUACCUCAAGAUACAGUAUUAUUUAAUAAUACAAUAAAAUAUAAUAUUCAAUAUGGUCGUAUCGAAGCUAUAGAUGCGGACAUAAUAUCAGCAGCUAGAAAUGCCGAUAUUCACGAAAAAAUUCUUUCAUUUCCAAAUGGUUAUGAAACACAGGUUGGUGAAAGAGGUCUUCGUUUAAGUGGUGGAGAAAAACAACGUGUUGCUAUUGCACGAACAAUAUUGAAGGAACCAGCGAUUGUACUUUUAGAUGAAGCAACAAGUGCACUUGAUACACAAACAGAACGCAACAUUCAAGCAGCUUUAAGUAGAGUUUGUGCAAAUCGAACAACUAUUAUCAUAGCACACAGAUUAUCCACGAUAAUACAUGCUGAUGAAAUACUUGUUUUAAAAGAUGGAGAAAUCAUAGAAAGAGGAAAACAUGAAGAAUUAAUUUCUUAUAAUGGAAUGUACCAUUCCAUGUGGCAAGCACAAUUGCAAAAUGAUCAAGAAACAACAAAAGUUUCAAAUGAUGUUCAAGAAAAUGAAGCAACAAAAUCUUAAUUACAUAUGACUUAUUUGUUAAAUUUAUUGAUUUAAAAUAUACAUGUACCUGUUUAUGAUAAA